AUGGGUGUGCUUGGAGUUGGUGUGGAGAUCUGGGAGUGUGAACUCAGGAUGAAGAUCCUCCUCAUCUUCACCCUCUGUCUGAUCUCAGAUGGAGGAGCCUCCAAGGAAGUAACAGGAUAUUCAGGAGGAGGAGUCCUUAUCAAGUGCAAGUAUACUACAGAAUACAGAGAAAACCAAAAAUAUUUCUGUAAGGGUUCAGUACCAGGCUGUUCUGACCAAAUAAAGACAGGAGCUAAAAACGAGUGGAUAAAUUCAGGAAGAUUCUCACUGUUUGAUGACACCAAAUCAGCAGAGUUCAGUGUGAAGAUCAGAGAGCUCACUGUAGAGGACACUGGGACGUACCAGUGUGCAGUUAAUAAAGAUUUAUGGAAAGACAUUUACACACCUGUGGAACUGAAGGUGAAGGAAGAUCUGUCCUAUGAGAAGUCCAUCAGUAAGACUGUCCAUGUAGGAGGAGAUUUGAAUAUCAGCUGUAAAUACCCACAAUCCCUCAGGAGUGACCCCAAGUUUCUCUGCAAGACGAGGCUGCAACGUGUUGCUUGUUCUUAUAAAGAAUCUGUUAAAGAAAGCAGAAAAUAUGUAAAUAUGGGGAAAUUCUCCCUGUAUGAUGACAGAGAAACACAAAUGUUGACUGUGAGUAUUAGAAAUGUAACUGAGCAGGACUCUGGUGAAUACUGGUGUGGAGCUGAAGCAGCCUGGACAUCUGAUCAUGGAUACAAGGUUUAUUUCACACAGAUCAACCUGACAGUUACUGAUCCACAUGUCCCAGUUUCAACCUCGAUAUCAACACAACCUUCAUCAUCAUCAUCAUCAUCCUCAUCAUCAUCAUCACCAUCAUCAUCAUCCUCUUCUGAGCCUACUCCAGCUUCUCCUCCAGCAGGAUUUCCAGUUUCCACUGUGAUCACUGUGUCUGUAAUUCUGCUGCUGCUUCUGAUUGCAAUCUCAUUCCUCUUUGUGAUUCUACAAAAAAGACAGAAGAUGCAAGGAGGUACAGCUUCUACUGGCAGGAGUUCUGUCCAAACCUCAGGAAAUCACCAAGGGGUUCCUCCUGAUAUCUGUUUCUAUGAGGAGAUUAAAGACACCAGACGACUUCCUGCCUCAGACGCUGGAUCUUCUUCAGUUUGCUCUACUGCACAACUACCCACAAUCCUCUCUGAUCCUCAACCUGUUUAUUCAAACACAGAGUUACCCACAAUCCUCUGUGAUUCUGCUGUUUAUUCUACUGCACAACUACCCAUAAUCCCCUCUGAUCGGGACAUCUGCUCCACAGCUCAGUUACCCACACGUCUCUUGGCUGAGAAAUCUGAUGAAGGUCUGACUUACGUAGCAGUGAGUUUUCACUCCAGGGCCACCAGCUCUAAUGAUGCAGUUCCACAGAUUCUCUUUAAGAAGGAAGAGGUCUCGUGUGAUUAUGAUACAGUCAGUCAUGUUACUUCAUGAGGCUAGUGUCUCAUCAUUAGGACUCCAACCAUGUGGCACUGGAACUCUACCGCUUUGUUUAGAUUCUUCUUCCUCUUCUUCUUCUUUUUCUUCUUCUUCUUCCUCUUCUUCCCCUCCACAGCUUGAGCCCAAAACAAUAUCUGAAGCAAAAUCCAGUAAUGUGCCUGAACAGAUGCACUGAAGAUAUCUGUAUCAGAUGUUAUAGUGGUGAGAUAGCACCACAAUUGGCUGAAAAUUCUUGUUUCUCAUCAUCAUUAGAAAGCCCAAAGCCAUAAGUACCUACUUCAGUUCUGAGCUAUUGUUCACGAUGUGUGAAUCUUAGGGCCCUUUUCCCCUAAAGUAUAGAUUCUACCCAAUUUUAUCCCCAGUAAUCCAGUCAGUAUCUCAUUUUGGUGCUUGUACAAUGCUAACCAACUGACUGC